UGCGUAUACGAUUUUUUGUCACAUUUGUGCGGAAAGUUCGUUACUCAGUUGACUAAUUAUAUUCGUUCAUGAAAAUUAUAACAGUGAUUUAUUCAAUAAAACGAUGGUCCAUGCUAAGAAAUGUUUGUAACCUCUAUCUUGGAAUCAAUAUUAAUACAUAUAUGAAAUUGAAAAUGUUUAUAAAAAAUAAAGCCAAAGGUUACCACACCAAAAAAGCAAAAGUUCUUACAUUGGAAGAAGUGACAAAAUUUCUAAAUAGUGCUCCUGAUGAAAUCUACCUUGGCAUGAAGGUCAUUUUGAUAUUCGGAAUAUGCGGGGCAUUAAGAUCCAUGGAAAUUGCAAACAUUAAAAUGAAUGAUGUUCAAGACACAAAAACUCAAUUUAUAGUAACCAUCAAGGACACCAAAAAUUGUUAUCCAAGAUCGUUCAUUAUAGGAGAAAUUUACUAUGAUCGAGUGAAACAAUAUAUAUCAUUGAGACCAAAAGACAUUGAUACAGACAGAUUUUUCCUUUUUUACAUGAAGUUUAAAUGUACUCGCAAUGUUAUAGGCAAGAACAAAAUUGCUGAAGUACCGAAAAACAUCGCAUGCUAUUUAAAUCUACCAGAUCCCAAUAGAUAUACUGGGCAUUGCUUUAGAAGGACAUCGGCUACAUUACUUGCUAAUUCUGGUGCUACUUUAACUACAAUUAAAGAACACGGUGGAUGGAGAUCCAGUGCAGUUGCUGAGGGUUAUAUAGAGCACUCAUUGUUCAACAAAAAUAAUAUUUUUAAUAAAAUAACACAAUCAGAAAAAUCUUGUACUGUAACAAAAGAUCUCGAUUCAGCAAUAAUACAGACUAACAAGUCAAUAUUAGAAACUAAUUGUCAUACAACGAAGUCAAGCAAUAAUCAAAAAAGACCUUUAAUUUCAAUAGAAAAUUAUAAAAAUGUUCCAACAUAUAAAAAACUAAAAGAACAAACAACUCUAGAUAAAAAUAAUAACAAUUCUAAUAUAAUGGAACACGAUUUUCAAGAAACCACUAAUAUUGACCAUAACUUUGAAAUAGUAAAUGAAGAAACAACAUUAAAUAUUGGAUCUUCUAAGCAAUUGGAACAAGUGGAUGGCUUAGAUGGACACAAUCAGAACUCGCACAUAUCAGGGCAUAAUCCAAAUAUUUCAGAAGCUGAUCAACUCCAACCACCAACUAUACAGAUAAAAUCAACAAAUGAUUUAAAGAAAAAAAAUAAUGAUAAAAAUAAUAACAAAAUAAAAGAGGAAAUACCAGCUAUAAUAAAUAUUAAAAUUGAUAAAGUAGAAACAAUUAAUAUAUAUUAUGGAAAAAAUCCGAAGGGUGAAGAAUGAAUAAGCGGCUAUUAAACUCAAAUAUUAAUUCAUCACGUGUUCAUGUUAUCGUUAAAAAACAUUUUAAAUUAUCAUUGAAAAUUUAAGUUCUUAGUUAAUUCUUUUAUUUGUAAUUGGAAUUAUUUAUCAUCUAAUUAUUAAAAUUAAUCUGUAAAAGUUUGUGUUUUUUGGAAUCUUUGUUUGAACUAUUUCAAUAUUUUCAAAUAAAUUAUUUCCUAUAAUUUUCAU